AUGGAUGCUUUCAUCGACUCUGUUGUCUCUCAGACACUACACCUGAGCAUUGGUGAUGCGUACUUGUCUUCACUUACUAUCCAGCUCAUCAGCUUCUACGAGAACAGCACCAGCAAUGCCGACUUUAUGAGCAGCGACAAACUCGAGCAGGCAUUUUACCGAGCACUGUGCGCCUUCCCCGUCUAUGCAGGCAUGGCUCAUUGGAGCUCUAACGGGCUGCUGGAUGUGUCAAUUGACAAGGACAACUUGAACAUGCCCAGCUAUGCUGAAUCGACGACGGAUAUCCUCUUCGGCGAUCUCAAGCAGCGAAAUACAAUCCUAGAUGGGAAAACCAGGAUGCUCAAUGUGCAUACUGUUCGGUGCAAGGACAAUUCAGGCAUAAUUAUCUUUGUCUGCGGUAGCCAUGCUAUCGCCGACGGCACUGGGUUCUACACCUUCAUUCAGCGAUGGGCAGAUGAAAUGCGUGCGCUGGUCAAGGGUAUGCCUGCUCCUACAGAUACAUUCUCGUUCGAUCGGUCGAUCUUAACCGAUGCCUCUGCUCUAUCACGCAGAGAGCUGGGUUCCAAAGAACUCGAGCAGGUCCAGUCGCUGUUCUCGACGGAGCGCAACAGGGAAUACCAGAAGGGCAUCUUAGCCAGUGGCAACGAAGACAGCCUGUAUCGAGUUAGCAAGGACAAACUGGAUCGUCUGGGCUCAGAAGUUAGCGUACAUACCUCUGGGAACAUGCGGCUCUCGGCGAACGAUGUGCUCUCAGCACUGAUAGCCAAAACCCUGGCGCAAGCAGCCAAGGAUCAGACUGAUGAUGGUGCUGAUCUGGCUCCUACCUCAUCCAACGUAUCAGCUGUGUUGCCGCUCCAAAAGAUUGGUAUCGCAUGUAAUGUGCGUCCACGUCUGGGCAAUGGCCUGUACCCGCUGUCAUUCACACAUUCAUUUGAAAGCUCAGCAUCUGAGACUACAUCCGGAGUCUUUGGCUCAGGUCGCAUGCAAGAUCCGCAAAGCUGUCAGCUCAGUUCAGAAACAGCAGGUUACAGAGUUUUCAACGGCAUCGAAGCUGAUCCGGUGCCAUUUGUUUCAGCGAGAGCUUCGCCUGAUAAGCACAAGCAUGACACCAUCAUCACCAACCAUUCGCGGUUCAAGAUAUAUGAACAGGAUUUUGGAUACGGAAUUCCCGUGUUCGCCUCCCCUCGGCCGCACUCAACGACGUCAUGUGUGCGGAUACUCCCGGUGCGCCCACCAAGCAAUGAUGUCCACGUCUUCAUCAUCGACACUCCCUCAAUGCUGAAGAGCAUUCGUGGGAACAAGUUCUGGAAUGGCAUCGCUGAAUUUGUGUAUUAG